ACAACUACAUCGCAAAAUCAACACAAAAUAAAAUCACUUCUAAACAUUUUGCGGGUUUGCGUUCAUUGUGUGUUGUGUAUUGCUACAGAAACAAUGAUGCGUAAGCGGGAGUGUAUAUAAAGUGCAAUAAAGGAUUCAUCUCAAUAAAAGGAAGUGAUUAGGAGGACAUUAUUAUGCGUUGAUCAGAAUGUAGCACCUAAUCAAGUUCCACAGUGCGAACCUAAUUAUUAAAAAAAUAUAGUAUCGAUCUUUUUUGUACAGGACUAAAUAAAUAUAAACUGUUUAAAAAUGUCUGUGGUUAAAGGAAAGUUAGUGAAAAUGGAAGUAAUACAAGUAGGUGAAUAUGAAUUCACCAAACAAGAUAUAAUAGGACACGGAGCCUUCGCGAUGGUUUACAAAGGAAGGAAGAGAAAGAACGCAUCGCAAUCAGUGGCCGUAAAGGUGGUAACGAAGAAAGGAAUUCAGAAGGCUUCAGAGAUUCUCGUGAAGGAGAUCAAAAUCCUACGAGAGCUCACAGCACUGCACCACACAAACCUCGUGGCCAUGCACGAUUGUAUGGACAGCCCCGCUUAUGUGUAUGUCGUCAUGGAGUAUUGCAACGGUGGUGACCUGGCAGAUUACCUGCAGGCCAACCGGCUGCUGAGCGAGGGCACCAUCCGUCUGUUCCUGCGGCAGCUGGCCGAGGCCAUGCGCGCCAUCCACGCCAAGGGCAUCGUACACCGUGAUCUCAAGCCUCAAAAUAUACUUCUCACACACAACGUUGCGCCGCCCCGCACACCACAUCCCUCCGAAAUUACUCUUAAAAUUGCCGACUUCGGCUUCGCGAGGUUCUUAGAAGAAGGCAACAUGGCGGUCACGCUCUGCGGGUCACCGAUGUACAUGGCGCCAGAAGUGAUAAUGUCGCUGAAAUACGACGCCAAAGCGGACCUGUGGAGCCUGGGCACCAUCGUGUAUCAGUGCCUCACGGGCAAGGCGCCCUUCCAGGCGACCACGCCCCACGAACUCAAGGCCUUCUACGAAAACAGCAUCGAUUUGCAACCCAAGAUGCCCGCGGGCACUAGUCCAGAACUCUGCAACCUGCUGAUCGGCCUGCUGCGACGGAGCCCGCGCGAGCGCAUGCCGUUUGAAGCUUUCUUCAACCACCCCUUCCACCAACGACCCAGGACCACCUCCUAUACGAGUUUGGAUUCGGACCUGCCCGACAUAAUGGAGAGCGAGUUAGAGGCCCCGGCAGGGGGCGAGUGUUGCCUAGAGGAGUCAUUGGACAGCCAGGCGGCGGGAUCCGCGCCGGCGGCGAGCGCGGGCGGCGCGGCGCGCACGCCGCCCGCGCCGCGCGCGCUGCAGCCGCCGCCGCCGCAGCUGCAAACACUCGCACCUCAUAAUACUAAGAAGCCGACGUCCUCCGCCGAGUCGUCGGACACGACCUGGGCGGGCGAGGACGACUUCGUGCUGGUGGAGGCGGACAGCGGGUCGGGCGAGUGCUCCGCGUCGUCGGGCUCGGAGGCCGCGCCGCGCCCGCGCACGCUCACGCUGCCCGCGCCGCCGCAGCAGGACCCGCCGCAGCCUGCUAAGAACCCGACGCCGUCCACCGCGAGCAUCCAGCGCUCGCAGCCGAUCUCAAUGCUGCGCUCCAACCACUCAAGGAACCCCACCAACCCCAUCGGAUCUCUCUCCCCGCCCACUUUCACGAUGGGCACGCCGCUGUCGACGCGGCGGCGCAGCGCGUCGGGCAGCUCGCCGCCGCCGUCGCUGUGGCAGGUGUCGCCCACCAACAACAGCCCGCUGCGCAGAUCCGGCUCAUCACCGCCGGUGCCGCUGGCGCUGAAGGGGUCGGGCGAGGCGUCGCCAAAGCGCGCGGCCACGCUGCCCGACGCGCUGCUGCGCGGCCUCAAGAUGCACAACAUGCACGACCCUCCCGUCUACAUACCCAACCUGCAGGAGGAGACCAUCCUGGCCGAGGAGCACAGCAAGGUGUUCUCGCAGCUGAACUUCGUGCUGAUGCUGGGCGAGCUGCUGGCCGACCUCGCCGUCUCCUGCGGCGCGCCGCUCGCCGCGCUCAUGGACACCUCCGACGAGCGCUGCAACGAGAGCGUGCGGCUGGGGCUGCUGGUGCAGGCCAUGCAGGCGCUGGCGGCGGGGCUGCGCCUGGCCGCCGCGCACUACCGCGAGCGCACGCUGCAGCCCACGCCGCAAGUGCGCAACGUGGUCUCCCUGAUGAACGGAAAGUACAAAUGGAUCGUGAACGAGUCGCGGCGACUCCACGAGGCGGGCGUCACCCCCGCAGUCUGUGAUAAAAUACUCUACGAGCACGCCAUCGAACUGUGUCAGAUGGCGGCCAUCGAGGAGCUGUUCGGCGACAUGAAGGAGUGCGAGCGGCGCUACAUGUCCGCGCAGGUGCUGCUGCACUCGCUCGUGCAGCGCCACCCCCUCCACCCGCACCACCGCACCACGCUCUCCAAGUACCGAGACGCGGUGCAGAGGCGGCUGAACUGCCUGAAGGGGCCGCGCAAGAUCAUGGACGUGAAGCUGGAGGCCGGGGUCUCAUAAUGCAAUACGCGACCGGCGACCUAUAUAGUACCCUAAUAGUAAGCGUAAGCGACGCAAAAAGAGAAGUGAUUUUAUUUUGUUGUCGACAGACUCACAGUGAGAAAAUUAUGAAUAAAACAAAGUAUAUGGGAAUAAGUGAAUAAAUAUCAAUUAACGAUCGAUGUA